AUGCACACCUGCACAACCCGCGAGUCCUCUCACGGCUCCACGCGUCUUCCGCUCCGCCCAAGGCCGAGGCGCGCUCCGGGCAGUGAUCCCGCGCGGACCCAGCGGAGGGCUUUCCAGGAGACACCAGAGGGCGGAGCCAAGCCGUUGCUGGAGCUGAGCGCCACGCAGGCCCCAGAGCGGAGGUACCUACCGCGCCGAGAGCCAGGCGGAGUUGGACGGGAAAUCCCGCCCAGUCACUCAAGCCUCUCAAGGCGGCGUAACUUUUGUUCCGGGAGACUCCAGCCGAGAACUAGGCCGGGACAUCCGCGGCCUGGUCUCGGAAUCGCCAGACUCACACAGUUUCCUUCUGAGUCUGGGCGGUGCCACAAAACUGGAGAAGUUCUCGAAGUAUACAUUCAAGCCUUAGUUGCAAAAAUACAAGUACCUCCAAAGAGCAUUGAAGAAUUCUUAAAGCUUCAAAAUUGGGAUUAUUGGCCCAAAGAAAUCCACUUAAUAGAAGAUAAAUAUGUACAUGAUAUGAACAGAAUAAAAGAAGAUAGUUCAUUUACUUCAAUUUAUACACAUCUAUUGAAAAAUGUCCCUCAAAUAUUUGAAGCAGACAUGAACGUGGAGUUAAGAUUAAGGGAAUGUUCACUUCUUUUGCAAGACCAUGCAUCCAAAAUAUUUGAAUGGGACAAAGUUAUUUGCAAAACAAGUUAUGAAAAAAUGGAAAGAUAUAAGGCAUUUCUAGAGAAGUACCAUACACACAAAAAGAUAAUGCUUGCAGAUGAAAUGGGGACACAGAAGAAUAUAGAGGGUUGCAACUUCUCRGGAUUCAAAGCAAAUGAGCUUACUCAAUUACCCAGACAUUUGGAUGCUAAACGAAUUUAUCUUUUUAUUUUAAAAGCCCAUGACUUUGAUGAAAGAAUAUUUAAAAUCUGGAAGAGUCAUUUUCUCUCAGAAUCUUCCAUUGCUCUUUUGCAUGACUCCUUUUGGUGGUGGUUUCUCCAUAAAUUUAAGGUAUAUCCUGAUUGUCUGGCACAAGCUAUAUAUGCAACAUUCCGGGAAGCAUUUCCAGAAUCUAGUAACCUCUUUAAUGAUGAAUUUAAAGAAGACCUAGGGAAUAACAUUUUUCUUUGGAUGUCAGGACUAAAACCACGAAAAGGCUUUUGGGUUCACUGGAAACUGAAAGACCUCUCCACAACAACCAUACAUGGUAGCAAGAGAGCAACUGAAAAAUCAAUAAAGGAAAGAAUUGCAAGUAGUCAAGAACACAUAAUAUCUACUCCAAGUUGGCUACUUUAUGAAGGCCUAGCUAUAGACCUCUUCCUAGAGUCUCUGCGCCGUACCUGCUGGGCCGCACCUCGGAGUCUAGCCAAGCAGUCGCAGCGGGCAGGCGGUCUCCAGCCGCCCAGUUGUGUGGGCUGCGGGCGGUCACCUGUGGGCGGGCAGUCUCUAGCCGCCCAGUCGCCAGGGCCUGGCCUCUUGUCCCCUGGCUUCUCCUGCUAG